UUAGUCUAAUAAGAUACUUAACGUUAAUUAAGUUAACGUAAAAAAAUGUGUUUGUUUUGAUUGUCCACACAUGACAGGACUGACAUGUACUGAGUGGCCCUUGUAGUGGGCUCCCUUCAGAUUCGAUGAGCUCAUCGGUGGUUUGAAGUUGAUGCGACUCUGUGAACGCACCACAGCUUGGGCCAUGAACGCACCGCGCCAGUCAGCUCUCUAGUUACAGUAUGGCGGCUGGGACUUACGGAGGUGGACAACUUCUUUCAGAUGCCUCGCAGAGGACGGGACGAAGGCGGUGUCACUGAGUGCUGAAUCUUUUUGGACAAAAGUGGAAGACGACUGCGGUAUCUCUCUUUUAUGUCGCGGAUUUCCUGGAGCGAGUUUGUGCGAUGCGUGCCGACCCGCAGCCAAGAAACUCCCCUGUCAGUUAGCCGGCUAGCCAUUAGCUCGCCGCCUUCGAGCUAACGUUCGCUCGCUGGGUUCCUCAGCAGCCAAACGUGUUGCUUCUGUUUCUCAGCCACACAAGAAUGGCACCCCGUUCUCAUACAGCUGACAAACGCGUGGAAAAGGGCGGCACGGAAACAUUUGCAGACCCGGAUAAGAAGUUUGUUCAUUAGCGAGCUAGCCAAUUAGCAUUAUAGUUGCACAAGAAGACCUGCUAAUCCCUGCCGUGUAUCCCGCCAGGGUGUUUGGACGCCCCGGUAAUCCACGGCGUCAUUUCAUGAGACGAGCGGUACAUGUUCUACCAGGUUGUCACCGUGUUGUAAUCGAACCUGAAAGGUUUCUAACUCAGGUGGUGAAGUAUUCGCUAGCGAUCUCCUAGGUGUUCUCAGCGGGGAGUGGUAGCGAUAGGUAGCCAGCAAAGGUUCCCUGCACCAGGGGAAGACAGUGACGCCGAUUUAGCUUUAAAAUGACGGCCUAGACAGGGAUGACACACUGUUCAAGCAGGUUUAGGUGGUCCGUGACAGGAGACGGAAUUUUAGCAGGUCCACAGCGAGCACACUAAUGUUCUGAUUUGUUAUUGGCGUAGACAGAAAGAUCAACGCUGGCGGUGGCUGAUUUCUAUGCUCAAGCCCUGGGAUAGUUUGAUGGACGUGGGGGGCUGUUUGCCAAGUUGUCCUUUCUAUACUCAGUCAUGUAUGUCUUGACACAUGGCACUCUCGUCUGUACAUUGUGCCUGCCGUCAGAUGUGGGUGCCGUUAUGUAGUUUUGGUCGUCAGUGAAGAAAAAGGAAUGUCUUUUUAUAUUUGUUACAUGUUUUAUUUUCAAUCUUCCAUAAGAAAAUUUACCGUUUGUCAAUGAAAGUGGAAAGAGGGGCCAGCCAAAGCCGUGAGAAUUGGACAAUGAUAAUUAGUUAGUGCCUAAACUCUGGACGUCCAUUUAAUAGGGCAACAAUUAUUGUAGUUCAUUCUAUCGUUGUGGAUUGGAACCAGAAGCCCGCCACUCUGGAUCAGGAAGAUUUGUCCCUCGUGUCCAGUUGGAGUACGACUCUCAAACCGAAAUCAAUGCCUUCAGCACUGGCAGUGUUCACCUGCCGACCCAACUCGCAUCCAUUCCAGGAGCGGCAUGUUUACCUGGAGGAGCCCGUCAAGAUUGGCAGAUCUGUGGCUCGAUGUCGCCCAGCCCAGAACAAUGCUACAUUUGACUGCAAGGUGUUGUCCAGGAAUCAUGCCCUGGUUUGGUUUGACCACAAGACUGGCAAGUUCUACCUACAGGACACCAAAAGCAGCAAUGGGACCUUCAUCAACAGCCAAAGGUUGAGUCGUGGCUCGGAGGAGAGUCCUCCUUGCGAGGUCCUCUCUGGAGACAUCAUCCAGUUCGGUGUAGAUGUCACUGAGAACACACGAAAAGUUACCCAUGGAUGCAUCGUGUCAACAAUUAAACUCUUCCUGCCUGAUGGGAUGGAGGCAAGGAGAAGGAGCGAUGUCAUCCAGACUCCUUUACCACUACCUGUAGACAAGGCUGCGGCCAACACUCCCAGUAUGUAUUCUCAGGAACUUUUCCAGCUCUCCCAGUAUCUUCAGGAGGCCUUACACCGAGAACAGAUGUUGGAGCAGAAGCUCGCCACACUGCAGCGUCUACUAGCUUCAACACAGGAAGCCUCAGAGAACAGCUGGCAGGCCCUGAUUGAUGAGGACCGGCUACUCUGCAGACUGGAGGUGAUGGGAAGUCAGCUACAGGCGUACUCCAAAUCUCAAACAGAAGACGGGAUUCGUAAAGAGCUCCUAGCACUGCAGGAAGACAAACACAACUAUGAGCUAAAAACGAGGGAUUCUCUCCGGAAUGUUGUGCAGGAGAAGAUCGAGGUGCUUAGGAAGCUUUCAGAAGUGGAGCGUUCCCUCAGUAACACAGAAGAUGAGUGCACACACCUGAAAGAAAUGUCUGAGAGGGGCCAGGAAGAGCUCAGAGAGCUCGCCAACAAGUAUAAUGAUGCCGUCAAUGAAAUCAAAGAGCUCACAGACAAGAUCCAGGCUGCUGAGGGGCGACAAGAAGAGCUGACACAGCGUGGCGCGACAGAGAAAAGGGAGUUGGAGCUGCGGAUUGAGGAGAUGGAGGAGAAGGAGCAGGUUCUCCAGGCUCGCAUCGAGGCCCUGCAGGCUGACAAUGACUUCACCAACGAGAGGCUCGCUGCCGUGCAGGUGCGAUUAGAGCAGCUCCAAGAGAAAAGCAUAAAAGAAAACAACAGUUUGGAUGUGGACACGGUCUCCCAUGCACCACUUGAGGAAACUGUUCUGGAUGAACAGAACCCACCAGUUCCCCAAAGCCAUGAGGAAGACGAGGAUGAGGAAGAUACUGACACUGAUGAAGGUGCAGUUGGUGAAGAUGAAGCUGCAGAUGACAACUGUCAUGUAAACAACAGCAGCGGAGGAGACCCCACUAGAAUCCCUCAGUUGAUUGAGUGUCCUCCAGUGAAGCAGCUGAAGGAAACUGUCAGCUCGUCGAUCAGCAAACUGGCAAACUUUGAUGAAGUGAUGGACGCACACCUGCAGAACAACCAACCAGCUGAAGACGAUAUCCUAGCCAGUCCAGAACGUCUGAAAGGAAACCAGAUGGAUGCCAAAGAAUCAGAUAUGUCUGACACUCUGAGUCCUAGCAAAGACCGGAGCAGUGAUGACACAUCAGAUGGAAACAUGGACGACCAUGAGUUGAACGAACCACUGAACCGAGUGGCUCUGCUGAAAGCUGAGUUGCUUCGGGUUGGCCUAGAACCAGGAGACACAGAACAGGUCAUCCACCAUCUCCACAGAGAACUUCUGGAAGCCCAGGAAAUGGCCAAUGCCGCCAAACACAAGUGUCUGGAGUUGCAAGCUCUACUGGAAGAGGAAAGGAGGACCAACUCGCUGCAGACUGAAGAGUCCACUAUGCAAAUCCAGUACCUUCAGACUCAACUCUCCAAGCUCCAGGAUGACAUGGAGGCACUUCGAGAGCAGAGGGAGAACACCAUCUGCAGCACCCGAGAGGAGCUUUACUCGGCUCAGGAGGAGAUUCUCAUGCUGCGCCACGCGAUGGAAGCCGCUACGGCUGAGCGAGACCGCGAGAUUGCCACCCUGCAGGCCGACCUGGGAAGCGUGCGAUCCGACCUGGAGCACUGGAGGACCACUGCGGCCAAAUAUGAGCAGGAGAUCAGCCGACUGCAGGAGGCGUUCACGCAGCAGCAACAGCAGCAGAGUGAUGCUGGUCAGUUACAAGUGGAGUGUGUGGUGCUGCAGCAGAAGUGUGUCUGUUUGCAGCAGGACUGUGAAGGCCUGAGAAGCGAGAGAAAAGCUCUUAUGGACAAACUGCACCACCUAGAGGCUGAGCUGAGCAGCACUCGGGAGGAGAGCAGGGUCCUCACCAAUAGCCUGGAGUCUCUGGAGAAACGAGAAGAAGUUCUACAGGGCAAGCUAGGUUCUCUGGAGAACCAACACCUGCAGGAUGAAAGCAGGCUGAAGAUCCAGCUGGAUCAGGCGCAGGCCCGCACACACACACUGCAGAGAGAGUAUGAAGACACACAGUCGCAGCUGCUUGAUCUGCGCCAGCGCUACGAACGAACCGAACAGGAGAAGCUGAACAUCCACCAGGAGCUUGAACAGUGCAGAAGCAGUCUGAAGCUGCUGCAGGACAAGACUGGUUCUCCAUCCAUAUUGCAGCCUGUCCAAGCCAUAUUCAUGGGCCUUGUCCUGGCUCUGCUCUACUGGUGUUUCGACCAGUUGUGGUAGAAAGAGUGGCUGGAGUCCCUGGAUGCCGGUCGUCGCAGUGAUGGUCGGCGUGACUGCGGCCAUCCUCUACCCGAGCUUUUCCAAGAGCAGCGCCGCCUAGCUCCACCUCUCACAAGUGCAGCAGGAGUGCGUCGCUGCUUCUCGUGUACAAAGUCUGAAACUGUAAAUAAGUUUGGAGGGAAAUUCCAGCUGCUGGUUUCUAUCCAGGAUUUACUUUUGUUAAUUUAGCUUGGUUUGUUUGGCAGCGGGGACACCAUGUUGUUUUCUCUCUCUCUCUGCACUGGUGCGGCCUUUUGGGGGGGUUUCUUUGCCGGAAAACACUUUUGUUCCACCAUGACCACCCGGAUUCUGAACAUCCUGAGUCCGGGUUCACCUGUAGCUUCAUGUAAACACAGCAGAACCACUCGAACUGGAACAGCCCCCGUUCAGUACUGAACUCCAAACAGUCCCGUUUGGACCGUUUCUGCUCCAGUCGAGUUCUGAUUGGGUUUUACUUCGGCCAUGUUGGACGUUUCUUGUUUUGUCUCUUUCUUUAAGGCAGUGGGGUUUGAGACUUGAAGCCAAAUAAUUAAACAUAUAAAUUUGAUUCGUUUUGUAUUUUCUGUUUAUAUUUUUUGGGCACGCAAGUAUGGGGUCAAAGUGCCUCUGAUGUAACCAACACCAAUGUUUGUGUGCAGGCUAAUAACACACUGGUUGUCUUGGACACGCUUAAUUUAUCCGACUGUUUGAUCGUCCUCAGUGUUCAGAACAAAGACAAACGUGCGAAACUCGAAAUGUACACCAGAGAGGAGAGUUCUUGUUUGGGAAAUCAACUUGAGGAGUUUUAGCCGUGGUGAUGUAGACGCCAAGUCAUCAGUGAACGGUUUGAAUUCAUAUUUUCACCAAUUAAUGUGCUUGCAGUGUAAAUAUAUUAGCACAUUAGCAUUGUGCAAUCUUAUUCCCAAAAGAAUGUUUUAUCGCCGGAAGACAGUUGGAUACUAUAACUUCAUUUGUAGCAUCCAAGUGGUAGGUUAAUCUGACCUCGCUUCUGGAUUCAUGUGUUCACUUAACUCCAAACAGGCAGAAUUGCAUAUUAUCAAUCAUCGUUUGCAUUGAUAUUAAAAGUGGACUGCUAAAUGAAACAUUGGAUGCCUCAGGUUCUCCAAAAGAAAUGUGUACAGCGAUGUACUACAGCACUGGAUUUGUUAAGUUACAUUGUAAAGUGAAGCUCUCAAUGUUAGCAUUAGCAUUACCAAAUUAUGAUUCCACAUUCGGGGUAUGUCAAGUAGUCAUUGAUAGAAAACAUUUAUCAACUAGCCUUGUUAACUUUUCAGGUUAGCAAUAUAGAGCAAAACAUGCUUCUAUCAGAACAUUUCCCUUGUUCAUUUGCGCACAUUUUAGUAUUACCAGAAUUGAUGUUUUUCUUAUUUGGAUGUGAAAGCAGGAACUUUUUAAAAACUAGGAAAUAUUUGUUCCCAGAUUUCUAUAAUCAACGAGUAGAUGUUUGUCAACUUCAAAUAAAUCUGAUUCAUUUUUUAAAAACACACUUUCUGGAGUAUCACUGAUCAGUAAUGAAAGGUAACAUUUUUAAAGGACCCGAAUUGGUGCUACACAACAGAACGGGCUCGUGUCAAAAAUGUCACGUUGGUCAGCCGAAAGCGAGACUGUGACGUCACCGUGGUUGUUGGUGUCUCUUCAGUAUGGCCGCUAAACUCCUCUCAAAGUUGACCUUUGUUUUUCAAACGAAUAUUUAUCGUACAUUUUAUUUCGAGUCCUGUGUACGUGAUAUUCCCACUUUGGACGCCAUCAUUGUUAGUGUGCUCGUGUCUCGUCUGCGUGUUAAAAGUACGAAUAAAAACGAACAAAUAUGUUUUAAGAGAAACACUACAGUACAGAGAGAAUUGUAAAAUAAAUGUUAUUGAUUGAAGAGCGACUAGACUUAUUUUGUUAAGCGUUUAGAGAAUAUGAGCGGCGGAGGAGAUGGCUAUGUAGAGAUGAUGAUGAUGUAUGAAAUAUGCAGAGAACCAUUUGGAUUAAAGUAGCAGCUGACCCACCAAA